AUGGUAAAGAAAGUUGCAAUCAUUGGUGCUGGGUCCUGUGGACUGCCUGCCAUUAAGUGUUGCCUGGAUGAGGGACUUGAACCCACUUGCUUUGAGAAGAGUGAUGACAUUGGAGGCCUCUGGAAGUUUCAAGACUAUGCAGAAGAAGGCAGGGGAAGCAUUUACCAGUCAGUGUUCACCAACUCUUCAAAAGAAAUGAUGUGUUUCCCAGAUUUCCCUUUCCCAGAUGACUACCCCAUUUUCAUGCAUAGGAGUAAACUCCAGGAAUACAUCACUACAUUUGCCAAAGAGAAGAAUCUCUUAAAAUAUAUAAGGUUUAAGACCUUGGUCUCCAGGAUAAAAAAGCGCCCUGAUUUCUCCAUCACUGGCCAAUGGGACAUUGAGACAGAAAAGGAUGGGAAGCAGGAAUCAGCUGUGUUUGAUGGUGUUCUAAUAUGUUCAGGACAUCAUGUGUACCCCAAUCUACCAAAAGAUGACUUUCCAGGGCUAAAAAGGUUUAAAGGUGAGUCCUACCACAGCAGGAAGUACAAGGGACCAGAAGGAUUUAAGGGAAAGAGAGUGCUUGUGAUUGGUCUGGGGAAUUCAGGUUGUGAUAUUGCUACAGAGCUGAGUCACACAGCAGCACAGGUUGUAAUUAGUUCUAGAAGUGGCUCAUGGAUAAUGAGUCGUGUCUGGGAUGAUGGCUACCCUUGGGACAUGUUAUAUAUAAACCGCUUUGAUAACUUCCUAAGAAAUAACCUCCCUACAGUCAUUGCUGAUUGGUGGUAUACGAAGAAGAUGAAUGCAAGAUUUAAGCAUGAGAACUAUGGACUUAUGCCUUUAUUUGGAACUCUGAGAAAAGAACCUGUGUUCAAUGAUGAGCUUCCAGCCCGCAUCAUCUGUGGCACAAUAUCCAUCAAGCCCAAUGUGAAGGAAUUUACAGAGUCAUCCGCAGUGUUUCAUGAUGGGACAGUGUUUGAGGCCAUUGACACUGUCAUUUUUGCAACUGGAUAUGGUUAUGCCUACCCUUUCCUUGAUGACUCAAUUGUCAAAAGCAAAAACAAUGAAGUGACCCUUUUUAAAGGCAUCUUCCCACCCAACCUUGAGAAACCAACUCUCGCUGUGAUUGGCCUCAUCCAGUCCCUUGGUGCUGCCAUACCUACUGUUGACCUGCAAGCCCGGUGGGCUGUAAAAGUAAUAAAGGGGACAUGUCCUUUGCCCUCUGUAAGUGAUAUGAUGAAUGACAUUGAGGAGAAAAUGAGGAAAAGAUUCAAAUGGUUUGGCAACAGUCAGACUAUACAGAUAGACUAUAUCACAUACAUGGAUGAAAUUGCCUCCUUCAUUGGUGCAAAGCCCAACAUGCUUUGGCUGCUCCUCACAGACCCCAAGCUGGCCAUGGAAAUUUACUUCGGUCCUUGCAGCCCAUACCAGUUUCGACUGACAGGACCAGGAAAGUGGCAAGGAGCCAGAAAUGCCAUCCUGACACAAUGGGACAGAACCUUGAAACCCAUGCAGACUCGAGUUGUUGGUCACCCACAGAAACCUUACCCCUUCUUCGAAUGGCUUAAACUACUUGCUAUUCCUAUUAUACUUAUUGCAGUUUUUCUUGCUUUGAACUAAUAAUAAAUGUCUGGAGGAUGUCUAACUCAGAAUUAUGACUAUGCCUGGGAUUGGAGCAAUGCUAUUUUUAAAAUAAAGAGAAUUUCAUGUUU